AUGAUUCAAUUUUUAUCUAAAGUUCCUAGAGGAACAGAAAUAGUUUUACAAAAUUAUGAAUUAAUGGAUAUUAUUUUAUCUUAUAUAGAUGAUAUAAAAGAUCGUAUGUCAUUUGAAAUGGUUUGUAAAUUUUUUAGAAAUUUAUCAUUAUACACCAUUUUACCAUCAUUAAAAGAGGGAUAUUUUAAAAAUUUAAGUCAUUUAAAAAUUAUUAUUUCAUAUGAUUCUAAUACUGUUGAUUUAUGUAUUGGCACUGAUCCAAAAUAUAAAUAUAUUAUUAAUAGAAAUGUCAUAUGUAAUGAAUUAUCAAAUAAUAAUGAAUCAACAUGUAUAGCUUUAAUAGGUUAUCUUCGUAGAUUUUUAUUACAAACAAGAAAAGUUUAUAUUGAAGUAAUAGAUGAUAAUGGAGAACGUGAUUUAGAAGAAGUCAUGUGGCUUGAUAAAUUUAUUGUAGAAUUAAUGAUAGAAAUGAGGUGUAGAAUAUAUGAAAUAACACUUACACCAAUAAUUUAUCCCUGUAGGAAUAAAAAGAUUUAUGAAACAUUAAAAUUUAUAUAUAAAAAUUUAUCAAAAAUGAAUGUAAAUAUUAAUAUUAUAUUAGAUAUUUUAUGGAAAAGAGAAGAUGAAGAUAUAAAUAUAUUAGAAUAUGAUUUAUUUUAUAAUAUAUUUAAAGGUACAAAUAUAACAUCAAUUGUAAUAUCACCAAAAGAUACAUCUAUACAAUGUUCAUUUAGAGAAUGGAUGAAAUUAUAUUUUGAUAUAAAAUUUAUUAAUUUUGAAAGUAUUACAAAAGCUGUAUUUUUAAUUGAUUGUAGAUGUGUAUGUUGUAGUCAAACAUCAGGAAAAAUUUAUCAAAGUUUUUUAAGAAAUUCACCAUUAUAUGAGCUAUCAUUAAAUUUUUCACCAUUUAAUGUUCUUAAUCCAGGUGAUAUUUUUUAUUAUGUACCAUCAACAAUUGAUGAUUUACAUAUCUCUAUUUAUAUGGAUAAUUUUGAUGCCUAUGAAUGUCUUCAAAUAUUAAAAAAUAAAGAAAUAAAAUUAUUAAAAAUUAAUAAUGUUGAUUGUUUUCAAUUUGUUGAUAUACCAUAUUUUUUAGAAAGUUUUCCUUUAUUACGUGGUUUAUCAUUAUCAGAAGUGGGUGCAACAUUUAUUACUCAGCUAGCGGAAUAUUUAUAUACAUCUAAUUGUAUAAAAAAUAUUGAAUUUUUAGAAGUUUUUUCAAAAUUUGAAACAAAAGCAUUUGUUGCAUUAAAAAGUUUAAAACAAAAAUUUCAAUUUUCAAGAAUGGAUCCAACUUCUUUUGAAUGUAUUACUUUAGGGUUUAAUUAUGCUAAUAAUGCAAUAUUAAUUAAAGAAUACUCUAAUUAA